CUCCGAGCGGAAGCGGAAAAGAAUAUCAGGUGUGUGAAGGAAGCUCUUAUUAUAUUUUGGAGAGAAAAUUAAUUUAAUAAGUCUAUUGUAACUCUUGGCGAUAUGCACCUAAAGAAAAACAUUAGAAAUGUCGAAUACACUGUUGACUUUUGUGCCACAAAAAGACGCAUUAAUAAAUAAUGACAAACAAGAAUUGUGUUGUACUUUUCUUAAGUUGUCAUCUCUAAUUACACUCAUCACACAACUUGAUUUGUCUUUAUUGAUGUCUCACUCUUUGAUUUAUACACUUGGAAACUUCCGGAAGUUUGACCCGGAAAAAAAUCAAAUCGUUCAGAGGAAGUGAAUCCUCGUUGUGUACGUUAGCUAUCGUCAGAAGGGUUGGUGAAGCAUCUUGUGAAAAUUUAGAAAUGAGUGCACAAGUAAAGUAAGAAGUACAAGAAGAGUCAUCGGUUUGCGUUAGCCAUCGACAUGCGUGCGGACUUGCACGCGCAGCUGGCCGCCGUCAUGGAGGCGUUCGUGCACGCCGCUGUGGCCGAGCUCCACAAGCAGCAGGAAGGCGGAAGCGGACCGCCGGUCGACCUCCGCCCCGGAGACCAACUUCUGCGUGCGGACAGCGUACGCAAAGAGAGUCGUGAGAGGCUGGUGUGCUUUGCCGCCAUCUUGGAGACACUGGCAAACGAGGCUUUGGGGAAGAUCGUCAACAUCGUGGAUGACGUCAAACCAAGACGGGACGGUGAGGGAGCGCACGGCGGCGAGACGGCACAGAUCGCCAUUGUCAGCGUCCUCAACAACGCCUGUGUGGAGGCGGAGCACUCGUACGGCGUCCCUCCCCCGAAUCGCCACCUUCCCGCUCUGGCUCAGGACCAACCACCAGAGGAGCCGCCGUUGAUCCUGGCCGUCAGCAUCAAAGACCAGCACGGACACGUGGACCUGGAUGCCAUUGCUGAGCGCGCCGGACUAGGCGCAACGCUUCCUGCAAGCUGGAACGAGUUGGCGGCCGACGGCACCACGCAGAAGCCUGAGGUGCGAGUACGCCGCAGGAAGUCCUUGUCGUCUCCGAGCCAAUCGGCCCGGCGCCACCAACUGGGACAGGAGAGUGCCAACGUGAAGCCGUUCGCCUGUGAGGUCUGUGGCCGCUGCUUCACCCUGAGACAAAACCUGCGGCGGCACACCCGCGGCCACAUGGGGAUCAAGAAGUUUUGCUGCGGUGUGUGCGGGAAAGGCUUCACACGCGCCGUGGCGCUUCGGACCCACGAGCUGAUCCACACGGGCCAGAAGCCCCUCAAGUGCGAGCAGUGCCCCAAAAGCUUCCGGCAUGCCGCCAACCUGAAGAACCACCUGCGCGUCCACAGCGGCGCGCGGCCCUUCACCUGCGACGUCUGCGGCAAGACUUUCCGCCAGGCGGUCAAUCUGAAGAUCCACCGCCGCGUGCACACUGGCGAGCGGCCGUACGCGUGCCGCCAAUGCGGCAAGACCUUCAGCCAGCAGAGCAGCCUCAUCACACACGGCCGCACGCACUCUGACGAACGGCCAUUCGUCUGCACGUCCUGCCUCAAGACCUUCAACAACGCCAACAGCCUAAAGCUGCACGUGCGCGUGCACACGGGCGAGCGGCCGUACACCUGCGACAUCUGCGCCAAGACUUUUACCCAGGGAAGCCAUCUGCGCACGCACAAGACUCACGUGCAUGACGGCGGCAAACGCUUCAUCUGCGACAAGUGCGGAAAGGGCUACGCCAACGGGCGAAACCUCAAAACGCACAAGUGCGGCUACAGCUAGCGCACGCCGAACGCUGCCUGCUCGUGUCACGUCUUCGCCUUUCUUGAAUAAAGUCUUGGAUUGUGCCAAA